CGGCCCAAUAAUACAAUUUGGCAACUCGAUCUCCAUUAAAAGCUUUUUUGAAAAAUGCGGCGAACAACGGCGCGAAGCAGAGUCCACUCCUCAGGCAGCCGCAGCAGCGAAGCUCGAGCUAUUCGAAACAUAAAUAAAAUCAAUUCGAACGAUAAUAAUUUAAUCAGCAGAUUAAAUAAUAAUCGCCGAGCUUUCCUAGUACUUGUAAUUAUUUCGAUAAUUUUGAUUUAUCGAAUUCUCGAGUCCUCAGCAGACGAUCCGAUGGAGAGAGUUGUCACGCCGUUCCCUUCUCCGAGACUCAUGGAUCUUCCUAUGUUUCAAGGGGAGCAUAAGGAGAGUUUGUACUGGGGGACUUAUCGCCCACAGGUCUAUCUCGGCAUUCGAGCUAGGGUUCCACAAUCUUUGGUUGCUGGGAUGAUGUGGGUCAUUUAUAAGGAAGGGAGGUACUUUAUUCGACAUGUAUGCCAAGAUUCUGAUGAGCUCAAAAAAUAUGGUUGGACAUAUCACAAUGGUCGUGAUUACGGACAUCAAGAUCUGGUCGAUCAAGAUAUGACCUUGGGAGUAAGUUUCUUAAAAUCUAAGGGGGACUACAGUGGUUAUGGAGGAGACUGGGUAGUUCGAGGUGAUGUACAACUGGAGAAUUUUAAAGAGGAAAAAGCGCACCUAUUUUUUUAUAUAGCUGAUGAAGGGGGAAAUGCUCUAAGUUUGGGUAGAGGAGUCAUGGGCAAUCAAUAUAUUUCUGUUCUAGCAACAGGCUCACGAUCAGAUGUUGGAAGCUGGGAGCUUCACUUGAAAUCAAAGGAUGAUCUAGAAGUUCAUUAUGCUGGUUUCAAGACACCUGACAUUUAUAAGCUGUCUGAUCUGGUUCAGGAAAAUCUUGCAGCCCACGCAAAAGAGGAUGAUAAUCUGCAGCUUACAGACACAUCUGAAGCUUCUCCAAAUAUACUAGUUUUUCAGAUGUCCUCAAAAAGUUCAUUCAUAGCUGACAUUGCUUUUGUAUCUGGAACUGGUUCUGACAAUUCAAGAGUCAAAGAACGUGUCAGCAGCCUCACAGGUACUUCAUUGACAUCUCAACUAAAUGCAAAGCAAGAUGAGUUGGAUGGCAAAUUUGAAAAGUUCUUUAGCACAUCUAAAAAGCUUAAGGAUGAAUCAAUGGAAGUGGGUAAGGCUGCAAUCGGAAAUUUGAUAGGGGGUAUCGGCUACUUUUACGGCCAGUCAAAAAUUUCCUUGCCAACCAACACUAACCACAAGCUUGAUGAUGAUGUACUCUUAUAUUGGCCAGCUGAGUUAUAUACAGCUGUUCCUAGUCGUCCUUUCUUUCCUAGAGGAUUUUUAUGGGAUGAAGGUUUUCAUCAACUUGUAAUUCGGCAAUGGGAUAUCCCCAUCUGCUUGGAUAUUGUUGGCCAUUGGUUAGAUCUCAUGAACAUUGAUGGAUGGAUUCCGCGAGAGCAGAUUUUAGGUGCUGAAGCUCUGAGUAAGGUACCAGCAGAAGCUGUAGUUCAGCAUCCAGAUAAUGGAAAUCCACCAGCUCUAUUUAUGGUUUUGCAAGAUCUGGUUUGCAGCAUGAAAAAGAAGAAGUUUAGUGAGUCCGAAGAGAAACAGGUCUCAUCUUUCUUGGAGAGAGCUUUUGUUCGCCUUGACGCAUGGUUUCAGUGGUUUAAUACCACACAGUCUGGGAAGGCUGAAAGUAGCUACUAUUGGCAUGGAAGAGAUAACAUAACCAUCCGUCAACUGAACCCACAGACAUUGACCUCCGGCUUUGAUGAUUAUCCACGUGCUUCACACCCAAAUGAUAAGGAACGUCAUGUGGAUCUUCGAUGUUGGAUGUUUCUUGCAGCAGAGUCUAUGUACUCUAUCUCAGAGUUUCUUGAGAUGGAAAGCCUUCGCGGCAAGGAGUACAAGUUAAUGUCUAAGGUUUUCUCAGACAUUGAACUUCUUAAUCAGAUGCACUUUGACAAUGCAUAUGGAGCUUAUUUCGAUUUCGGGAAUCAUACAGAAAAGGUUCGUUUGGCUUGGAAACUAGUGGAAGGACCAAAUAAUAUCUUGAGCAGACAGCUUAUUCGAGAGGUUCUAGAGGAGCCAGUACUAAGAUUUGUUCCUCAUAUUGGUUAUGUUAGCCUCUUUCCAUUUAUUUGGAAAAUUAUUCCUCCGCAAUCAUGGAUCUUAGAGAAACAGCUCAACCUCAUCUCAGACAAAACAAUCUUGUGGAGUGACUUCGGAAUUCGCUCACUAGCAAAAACAAGCUCAUUGUACAUGAAAUACAAUACAGAGCAUGAUGCACCUUAUUGGAGAGGUUCAAUUUGGAUAAAUAUGAACUACUUGAUUCUUUCCUCACUGCACCACUACUCCAAAGAGAAUGGACCAUACAGAGAGAGAGCCGAGAUGAUCUACAAUGACUUGAGAAACAAUUUAAUAAGCAAUAUUGUUAAGAACUAUCAGCAAACUGGAUAUUUCUGGGAGCAGUAUGAUCAAGAUACAGGGAAGGGAAAAGGUGCGCGAGUAUUCACUGGAUGGACAUCCCUUGUUUUAUUAAUCAUGGCUGAAUCUUAUGGCAAUUGUUAAGUCAAUCUUGUUUCUGGAUGCCGAGGGCUAUUAGUUACAUCAGAAUAUUGUACUGGCUGCUGAGAACAACUUUUUCGGUACAUCAAAAACAUCAGAUGUAGUUCCAGCUCAGAGAAUGCAGUGGUGUUGUAAUAUCAUUUCUAGUGCAUGUGUAAGAGUUUGAAAUCUCAACUUUUUAGUAAUGCUUUCCAGUAGAAGAGUUCACCAUGGCAUUUGCCAAUAGUUGUCUGCUUUUAUUUAUUAUCGAACUAUGGUCUCUUUUAUCAUACAUUUUGUGUGUGUGAGUCACAUGCAAUGUAAUACACUUUUUAUAAAUGAACUAUGGUCUCUUUUAUCAUACAUAAUGUGAUUCUUCAAA